ACAAAUUGUAUUCGUAAAUAUUUAGUGCGAUGAGGACAAGAUUGUAAAUUUCCACUGAUUCCAACAAUUUGCCGUUUCUCACAGAAAUGGCUUCCUCCUCCGCCGUUGAAAGAAGGAGAAUCCCAAAACUGGGCGGAGAUUCCGCCGGAGUUAACAUCUUCGAUUCUGCUCCAUCUCAGCACUAUUGAGAUACUGAAAAACGCUCAGAGAGUAUGCAGAUCGUGGCGACGCGUCUGCAAAGACCCAUCGAUGUGGCGCAAAAUCGACAUGAGAAACAACGGAAUAUUUGGUUACGACUACGAUAGGAUGUGUCGUCACGCCGUCGAUCUCAGCGAAGGCGGUUUGGUCGAAAUCAACAUGGUACACUUCGGCAACGAUUCUCUCUACUCCUACAUUGCUGAAAGAUCGAGUAAUCUGAGAUGCCUUAGACUUGCUAUGUGCUAUCCACUAACAGGCAAGGGGUUUGUCAGCGCAGUCAUGCAGCUCUCAUUCCUUGAAGAACUCGAGAUUUCACACGGCUAUGCACAACUGGAUUUGAAAGCUAUAGGCCAGUCUUGCACACUACUGAAGACAUUCAAGCUAAACCGCCCUUCUUUCAGCCGGUACGUUAAAUAUGAUGAUGAAGCUCUAGCAAUUGCUGAAACUAUGCCCGGAUUACGCUACCUCGAGCUUUUUGGGAACGGACUAACCAACUCAGGAUUGGAAGCUAUUCUGGACAACUGUCUUCACUUGGAACAUCUUGAUUUACGCCGCUGCUUCAACAUUUACCUUGUCGGGGAUCUCGAGAAGCGCUGUUCUGAGAGUUUCAGAGAUUUGAGACGCCCUGAGGACUCAACUGCUGAUUCCCCAUUUGAUGCCACUUCCGUUAUUAUUUCAGAAGGAGAAGACAACUAUUUCUCAGAUGAUUCUGACCUAUAUAAUCCUUAUUAUGACUAGAUAGGAUACGCUGUCUGAUCAUUUUGAAGAAUGCAAUGACAAUAUCAGUGGCGACUGGUAAUGAACUCGAUUAUGUUCUCUUUUCGGCAAGUCCGUUGUUUCAGCUGACUUGUGUGUCCCUCUUUGCCUUUGUAAAGUUUUUGAGAAGAACAGAUUUUAACAUGUCUUUGCAAUGAAAGUCACAAAGUUAACAA